CCUGAGCGCUUUUAUAAUUCACCUGUCAUCACAGGAGACGUCGCCCAAACCUUUACUACAAACUUGAGACGCCCCGCUUUCCGUCGUUCCGCCCUGCCUGGCCGCAAGGAUUCCUGGGAGUAGUAGUCCCCAGUCUGGCGGCUCCUCUAGCAGUAGCCACGCGCGCCGGACCGUGGAACUACAAAGGGUGGCGCACAGGGCGAGAGGCUCUUCCGCCUCGCCUUCCCCUCCCGCCGGCGCGCCCGCCCCAGCUAUCAUGGCGGCUCCCUUGGCCCUGGUGCUGGUGGUGGCCGUGACCGUGCGGGCGGCCUUGUUCCGCUCCAGUCUGGCCGAGUUCAUCUCCGAGCGCGUGGAAGUGGUGUCCCCACUGAGCUCUUGGAAGAGAGUGGUUGAAGGCCUCUCACUGUUGGACUUGGGAGUGUCUCCGUAUUCUGGAGCAGUAUUUCAUGAAACUCCAUUAAUAAUAUACCUCUUUCACUUCCUGAUUGACUAUGCUGAAUUGGUAUUUAUGAUAACUGAUGCACUCACUGCCAUUGCCCUGUAUUUUGCAAUCCAGGACUUCAAUAAAGUUGUGUUUAAAAAGCAGAAACUCCUCCUAGAACUAGACCAGUAUGCCCCAGAUGUAGCCGAACUCAUCCGAACCCCGAUGGAAAUGCGUUACAUCCCUCUGAAAGUGGCCCUGUUCUAUCUUUUAAAUCCCUACACGGUCUUGUCUUGUGUUGCCAAGUCUACCUGCGCGAUCAACAACACCCUCGUUGCUUUCUUCAUUUUGACCACGAUAAAAGGUAGUGCCUUCCUCAGUGCUAUUUUUCUUGCUUUAGCAACAUACCAGUCUCUGUACCCGCUCACCUUGUUUGUCCCAGGACUCCUUUAUCUCCUCCAGCGGCAGUACAUACCCGUGAAAGUGAAGAGCAAAGCCUUCUGGGUCUUCUCUUGGGAGUAUGCCAUGAUGUACGUGGGAAGCUUAGUGGUAAUCAUUUGCCUCUCCUUCUUCCUUCUCAGCUCCUGGGAUUUCAUCCCUGCAGUCUACGGCUUCAUACUUUCUGUUCCAGAUCUCACUCCAAACAUUGGUCUUUUUUGGUACUUCUUUGCAGAGAUGUUUGAGCACUUCAGCCUCUUCUUUGUAUGUGUGUUUCAGAUCAACGUCUUCUUCUACACCAUCCCCUUAGCCAUAAAGCUAAAGGAGCACCCAAUCUUCUUCAUGUUCAUCCAGAUUGCCGUCAUCUCCAUCUUCAAAUCCUACCCGACAGUGGGGGACGUUGCCCUCUACAUGGCCUUCUUCCCCGUGUGGAAUCAUCUCUACAGAUCCUUUGAGAAAAGUAUCCCCAUGUUGCAGAGGAGAAAGCUGAGGUACAGAAAGAUAGAGCCACUUGUUCAAGGUCAUAUGACUGUCCUGAGAAACAUCUUUGUCCUCGGCUGUAUCAUGAUCGUCUGCUCCCUGCUCUUCCCUGUCCUGUGGCACCUCUGGAUUUACGCAGGAAGUGCCAACUCCAAUUUCUUUUAUGCCAUCACACUGACCUUCAACGUCGGGCAGAUCCUGCUCAUCUCCGACUACUUCUACGCCUUCCUGCGGCGAGAGUACUACCUCACGCAUGGUCUCUACUUGACCGCCAAGGACGGCACCGAGGCCAUGCUUGUGCUCAAAUAGGCCUGGCUGGGCACAAGGCUGCAUGGACUUCAUGGGGUGGGAAGGCCAGAAGCUGGGCCAAGCCCUCGAGCCGGAGGUGCCAGCAGACAAGUCCUUAGAAGAGGUUCAAGUCCAGUGUCACGAAUCCUGGCACCAAAGAGGAGCCAAGGCUAGCAGCAAGGUCUGUGGCACCUUGGCUGCCAGGAGCACCUCCACUUGGACCCCCCUUUUGUCUCUCUGCACACCAAGGAGCCCCCUCCCAGGCAGGAAAAGGGAAGAAGGGUGAGAAGGGUUUGUUAGGUUGUGGGUACUUAAUAAAUGGUUUUUGUUAUGAA